GCGCGCCAUUUUUGUGUUCCAUUCCAUGCAUUCUGAACGAAACAAACGGUGAAGUCAUGGUAUCCUUGUACAGAGGGAUGUAAAUCGAAAUUUUCAUAAGAAAAUAACAGAAAUGGCAUUCCAGCCGUCCCAGGUAUUCGCGUCUUUCUCCCCACAGGCAAAUGAGGUAAAGCAUACCCUUGGCGGUGCAAGCAAAGGCCAGAAACUUCUCCGUGAAAUCCAAGUUUCUUCGACGGGCGAGGCCACUCGCGCCCCAGACCGGGCCACAGUUCGUGUGGUUGUCAACAGCACUAAGGAAGCGAUAGUUGAUGCCAAGACCAGCACAACCAGACGGCUUGAUUACAUUAUACAGACACUUCAUACUCACAGUGUUAAGGAAGGCGACGUGACAAUCAGCAAGUUCAUCCAGCGAGUGGAGGGCGUGUACUCCAUGGAGGCCGAGGUCACCAUUGUCUUUGUGGACUUCACCAAGUGCCAGUCGGUCUGUAACUUCCUCACCGAGAAGCUGGACGAGUCUGUCAGAGUGUACCCCCCACACUUCUACCACAGCGCUCACAAUUUGGAGGCCGUCAGGAGGCAAGCAUGUCUGAACGCCGUGCAGAACGCCCGACAGAAGGCACUGGAGGUCGCCCGUUUGCUGCGACAGGCCCUCGGCCGCCCGCUGACCAUUCGCGAGGAGGAGACAUCGGAGGUGGAGGGGUCCUCGCGGGACGCCUCGAACGGGCACGACGGAGCGUUGACGUUCCAGCAACGAAUGGCCAGUGCCACAUUCACGGUGACCACAAAGGUGUUUGCUCAGUUUGAGCUUGUGUCCCGAGAAAAGGGCAAACAGUUGAAAUCAUGACCAAGAUUUUUUCAUGUAUUGUUUUUUUUUUUAAUUUUGUCUAUUAUGCAUUGGAAAUUUUUAUUAUGAAUUGAAAGUGAGAGUUUCCAAUGGGCUGAGUGCAGUGUGUUUUCACAUCGUAAGAAAGCAGAGAGCAAUGCAUUUUUUAUUAUGAAUUGAAAGUGAGAGUUUCCAAUGGGCUUAGUGCAGUGUGUGCAAGUGCUCCCUCGCUUGUUACAAAGAGGGAGACAGGCUGGUACCUAGAUUCCAUUGCCAUGAUUCGUCUGGUACCCAAGUAAGAACCCUUAAGAUUUGUACCCAUUCACAUCAAGGUUGCACAGCACCACGCACACACCAACAAUUAUGCAUAUUUCACUUUGCUAUAGAAGACAGAACACAAAGAGAAUACAAGAUGUCCCCCAGUUCUCAGCGGUCAGUCUAUAGAUGAAUCCCUUGACCUUUAUAAUGCCGUCACUGGCUAUUUACAGUAGCACCUGCCAGUGGCCGAAAGUAGUAUGGUACACAGUAACUCGUCAGAGGGCACUGUUCCAUGCCGGUCGUGUUCCAUGAUAGUCGUUCUUCAACCUUGGCCCAUCACAGUGCUUCCAACCAUUAACUGGGGCCACCGAGAAUGUCCAGUGAAACAUCUCUGGAUAGUGGAAGAAUUUUACUUCUUGUCAACGGUAUAGAGUUCCAAAGUGCAUAGACUGCACACACACACAAAUAUGUGGAAAAAGCAUUAGCACAUGAACAGGCCCUUUAAAGCAUCACCUGUGCUUAUUCUAUUCAUAGGCAUUAAACAUGACAUGCUGUGGUACUCUAGAAAAGUGUGUUGGCAAUAAGCCCUGUGGGACAUUGUUGCCUGGUUGCAAAGCGCCCUCUUUUCUUAAUAUAUGUAUAUAAUUUCAUGCAACUGUUUCAUGAAUGUUUCCUUCACAAAGCAAUGGUGACCAUUUUUUGACUGAAGACUGACAACUCCUUAACUUGUUCUUCUUGAUGGGAUUUGGAGAAAGUAAACAGUGAGAUAGAUGACCCUUGUUCAGUUAAAAAUAUAGUUUAUAAUACAGACUUUUGUCAAGCAUAAACAAUAAUCUGACUUGCACUUUGCCUAAAGUUAUCCAAGUUGCUCUAAAAAUUCGAAGAAAAUGUCACAUGUCAAUCCUAUACAAAUGUUGCGAUCAAUCUGCCUUUUAAAUUUUUACUUCAACCAAUUUAGGUUCACAACCCAUUUUGAAAUUGGAUUAACCACUUACUGCCAGGUACCUUUGAAAAUGCAGUGUCUAAAACCGGGCGAUUUUCAAUAUCGUUGGUUUUCAUAAAUUCAUAUCUUUUCCUGCACGCUUCAACCUUAUCAAGGGACUGUCUGGUGGCUACUCUAAUCUGACAGGCCCUGCCGCCUUGUAAAAUGAGCCCAGAUUGUCCGGUGUUACAAAUUUCUGAUGCUGAUGAAUAAUUUCUGAAUUGCUAAUGUCUUUUCAAAUGCGGCCAGAUUAGCAUGCAGCGGCAUUGUAUCGCUCA